AUGUGUCAGUAAACAUUGGGCCUGUUCGAGUAGUUUCUAGUGAACAGAAGGCAUAAGCCAGGUUUCUUGACAAGGGUAAGCGGCACAAUGGGAAGAAACCUUGAAGAACAGCUUCCCCUGAGUGAAGAAACCAAGGAUGCUGAAGGUGGUGACAUGGGAGAACUGCAACUAACAACUUCUACACCCAAAUCGCCAAUCCCAAGUAGCAGGCCAAGCAGCAUGGUUGUCAAGAAGGCAAACACGGUGAUUCCGGCACAUUUGGUGGCCGAAGCCAUAUCAACCCUCCAUGGCCUGGACCUCAGAUGGUCGGGCCCCAUCACGCCAAGCGAAAUGCAAUACGUUCAGCAGUACGUCUUCGCCAAGUACCCUGAAUACUGCAAUGGCCUCGUCGAAGAUGCCCAUAGGAUCGAUCUCUACACCCUCUGCGUCAAUGAAGAAUCCUCGGAAACCAUGCCCAAAAACUCGCCAAAGAAGUCGACUUCUCCCUCAUUCGGAUCCAUUCUUCCGGAUCUCGACAGAACCCGGCUGGAGCCGUCGAAGCUCUUCGAUAUUUUAACCAGGAAAUCUUCGUUUCAGGGCAAUUUCAUUUCGAUCCCAGAGAUCCAAGCCAGAAACCGAGCUCUGCAGCACUGUGGGUUAACCGAAGACGAAUACCUCGUGAUUUUCAUUCCUACGGUGAAGGAAGCCAUGAUCAUGGUCGGAGAAUCGUACCCCUUUUUCAGGGGAAACUACUAUCUCACAAUCCUCAAGGAGGAGCACGAUUACAUAAGGGAGUUUGUGGGCUACAAAGAUUCAAAAGUGGUUCCCGCGCCGGAGACGUGGCUGGACCUGAGGAUAAAGGGGUCGCAGCUCAGCCAGUAUUUCAGGAGGAAAUGUAAGCACAGCCCGAAGGGCCUUUUCUCCUACCCUGCUUCAGUGAACGACACUCGGAACUCUAUGCAUUGGGUCUCGGAGGCUCAUAGGAAUUCGUGGCAUGUUCUGUUGGACGCGACUGGGUUGGAUCCCGGCCAGGACCACCCGCUCAAUUUGGCGCUUCACCGGCCGGAUUUUGUGGUGUGUACGGUUGAGAAUACGCAUUCUCAGCCGUCCAAGAAGAUCUUCAGCCUGUUGGUCAGGAGAAGAUCGUUUGAAACCGUCGCAAAUUCGCCAUAGAUUCAGCCAUCUUGUAUUGUAAACUAGUAAUUAAAGUUAAGCUGGUUAAUAAGCUUUUCUUGUACAAUUUUUCCUUGGACUUGCAGGGGAACAGCAACAGCAGAGCAUAUAACUACUACUACAAGUACAAUACAAUGGAGUCGCCUGUUCUAUCCCAAGUUCUAUUAUUAACCCUAUGCUGGCAGAGUUAUUGUAUAAAUGAUAAAUUAUACCAGAAAUAUAAAAGACAAGCUUAAUCCUUUUAUAUAAUAAUAAUAAUAAUAAUGUCGAAUUCAAAC